UACCUGCAACCCCAAGCCCAUUCAUUCUAUGGACUAUGCCCACAUCUCCGUGCCCUCUCAGCCAUGGAGACUCCCAUGUUCGACACUAUCCUGGAGACGACGGACGGGGUGACCCCUGACCCCAGCUGGACACUGCCCUACCCGCUGGGCUUCCAGGUCUCACUGACAGGCUUCCUCAUGUUGGAAAUUGUACUGGGAGUCAGCAGCAACUUGACCGUAUUGGUGCUGUAUUGCCUGCAGGCUGGCCUGGUGGACUCGGUCAGCAACAUGGUGACUAUGAACUUGCAUGUGCUGGACGUGCUCAUAUGCGUGGUGUGCGCCCCACUUACCAUGGUGGUGGUUCUGGUGCCCCCCGACCGGGCCGCCACACUGCUCUGCUGCUUCCACGAGGCGUGCAUCACCUUCAGCAGCGUGGCCACAGCCACCAACGUGCUGGUGAUCAGCCUGGACCGCUACGACAUCUCGGUGCGGCCUGCGCAGCGCGUGUUGACCCCGGGCCGCGCCAUCCUUCUCCUGACUGGCGUCUGGGUGCUGUCCCUGGCUGUCUUCUUCAUACCCUUCCUCGAGGGCGAGCUGGGCCAUGCCAGCACAUGGCAGAACCGCACCGUGCUCUGCGUCGGCCCCGAGGAGUUUCACGCCGAGCUCGGCACCUCCUACCACCUGGCGAUCCAGAUCCCCACCUUCUUCGCCGCCGUGGCCGUCAUGCUGGUGACGUACGCCAAGAUCCUGCAGGCCCUCAACAUCAGCAUCGGCAGCACCUUCAAGCGCAGCCAGCGCCACAAGACCAAGAAGAAGAAGCGGCGGAAAUCGGCAGAGCCAAGCAACAGCGUGGCAGCUGGCGGAGUGGAAGCCAAGCGGCUCUCUCAGCCUGUGCCAGCACUGCCAACGCCACCACCCAUGGGGGUGCAAGCCUCUGUCUCAGUGAUCAUCGCCCUGCGGCGAGCGGUGAAGCGCCACCGUGACCGGAGGAAGCGCCAGCGGCGGGUUUUCCGCAUGUCCCUGCUCAUCAUCUCGACCUUCCUGUUGUGCUGGGCGCCGCUGUCUGUCGCCAACCUGCUGAUCCUGUGCCUGGGGCCCAGCCCCCUGAUGGGCAAGCUGCGCGUCUGCUUCCUGGCCAUGGCCUACGGCACUACCAUCUUCCACCCGCUCCUCUACGCCUUUACCCGCCAGAAGCUGCGGAACGUGCUGCGCAGCAAGCUGAAGAAGCGGGUGGUGUCGGCCCUGCAGGUGGACCCUGCGCCUGGCGGCACUGUCAUCCACAACUCCUGGGUGGAGCCACCCCGGAAAAGCUGCAAGGGCCGGCUGCGGAGUAGUGACGGAGCUGAGCGCUGCCUGACUGAGGCCGCUAAGGAGUGAGGCGUAGGGGGCCGAGCCCUCAAAAUGGAGGUUCAGCAGAGUUUGGGGGUGGGCGUACGAAUCUUCCGCCUCGCUCAAGCUGGCGAGUGGUGAGUGCCAAACACUGAAAGGGGAGGGAGGC